CAAGAAUUAUUACAAGUCUACUAUGAGAUAGGCACCAGGGAUACAAAGUCAAAACAAAUACAGUCCUUGUCCUCAAGGAGCUUACAUUCUACUGGAGGCUACAACAUUUACACAGAUAAGUAAUAUAAGAUAAUUAUAAGUCCAAAAAAAAUUAAAAUGGGGCAAGGGGAGAAAAGUCUUCCCACUCAGCGCAGUCUUGAAAGAAGCUAAGGAGUCUAAGAGGUAAAAUAGGACAGUGAAUUCUACUCCUACAGAAUAAUCAUCACUGUUCCAGAAGUGAGAGGCUAAAUAGAAGUUUGGUGAACAACUAGUAAAGAAAUCUGUCUGGAGCAUAAAGUAUAUAAAUGAGAAUAAUGUUGAAUAAAUUUAGAAAGGUGAGCUGGAGCCAGACAGCCCGUUGUCCCUAUACACUGCCCUCCCCAUACUAAUGAACCCCAUGUUACCUUAAAGGUGGGUAACACUUAUUAUGUUUGUCUCUUAGACACUGGAGCUACCAGGUCUGUAUUGAAGAAUGUACCAGAUUUAAAUUGUUACUCCAUUGACUCACAAAGUGUAGUGGGAGUAUCAGGAAUACCCCAAAGAGUUAAAAAACUUGCCCCUAGAAUGGUGUCUGUAGGACCCCUAGAGGUACAACAUUCCUUUCUUUUAAUGCCUGACUCCCCUUUAAAUUUGCUGGGGAGAGACCUUCUAUGCAAACUCAGAGCCACAAUAACUUGCUCCCCAGAUGGUUCCUUAACAUUGGAAGUACCAGAGGAAUCUUUAAAUUUACUCCCUGUACUUCUCUCAGAGAGCCAAGAGGCAAAAGAGCCUCCUACUUUUGAAAUACCUAAGGAUAUACCGGAGUCUCUUUGGGCCACAUCUUCUUCCGAUGUAGGCUUACUAAAAUCUGCUGUUCCUGUGCAGAUAAAAACUAAAUCUAGCCCACCUGCUUCCAUUCCUCAGUAUCCCCUCUCAAAGGAAGCAAUUGAGGGUAUUACACCAGUUAUUAACUCAUUAAUAGAACAGGGAAUAAUAAUCCCUGGAAAAUCAGAAUACAACACGCCCAUCCUUCCAGUUAAAAAAACAAAGAGGGCCUGAUGGCAAACACUUCUAUAUAUUCGUACAGGAUCUGAGGGCAGUGAAUAAUCACGUUAUAAAGAGACACUCCGUAGUUUCUAACAUAAAUACUAUUAUUUCCUCUAUUCCUAGCAUAGCUACAUACUUUACAAUAGUAGACUUGUGCUCAGCUUUCUUUUCCAUACCUAUACAUGAGAACUCCAGGCAUAUUUUUGCUUUUACCUGGAAGGGCUCUUAAUAUACAUGGAGUCGUCUGCCACAGAGUUAUGUGGAAAGUCCGAGUUUAUUUGAGCAAAUUUUGAGCCAAGACACAGACAAUAUAACAUUUUAAAAUAGUAAAUUAAUCAAAUAUGUAGAUGAUCUACUCUUGGCUUAAACAGACACAGAAACAUGUCAAGGAGAUAGUAAACACCUUCUUUUGGAAUUGCACAAAAGAAGACAUAAAAUCUCAAAGGAUAAAGUUCAGUGGUGUCUCCCUAAAGUAGAAUAUUUGGGAUUUGUCCUGACUGCGGGUGUUCGUUAUAUUUCUCCAAAACGAAUUGAGAAUAUUCAAAAUUUAAGCACUUCUACUACUAAGAAACAGUUGAGAAUAAUUUUAGGCUCAACAGGGUUUUUGUAAAUCUUGAAAUUUCUCAGACUUGUGAAUGUUAAAAAUUUCCACAUUGAGGAAUCUUCCAUUGGAACAAAUUCCCUACUGGGAAACAUUCCCCAUUUUGAUGUGAGAACUCGCCAGGAUCAGAAAUGGGAGGACCUCUACUCCACCUGUACUUAAGACUGCUUUAGGGGAGAAAAAUCCUUGCUAUGGGAGGACCUCUACUGCACCUGUACUUAAGACUGCUUUAGGGGAGAAAACUCCUUGCUAAACAAUGAAAGUACUUGGACCCAUGCUUAUAAUAAGGCAAGGAGUUCUUUGAGCCAUGCCUGUUUUUUAGAAUUGAUACAAUGAGAUGCUAGGUACCUAAAUGGGUUGGGCAAGUUUUCUCUUAAUGAGAUUAGUUGACUCAGCUGUGUUUUCACUGGUUCAGACUUACUGUGGAGAUUAGUUGACUUAGCAAGAAUUCAGAUGGGCAGUCCUUUGGAAAACUUCUACAGUUAUUGGUAGAUGUAAGGACUUAGGGGAGGUGACAUAGGAGAAAAAUCCCUAUAUAAGAAAAAGCAGAAUCUCUUGAGAAAAAUCCUUUUGGAGAAUCUCUGAUGAGGAUCGCUUGGGAAGAAUCUCUUGAGAGAGGCUCUGGAGAAGGGAAGCUCUUGGAGGACAAUCUCUAAGGAAGUCUCGCUGGAGCUCCUCUGAGGGGACUCUGUCCCUCUGGAGUCUCUGGAGAGAGGCCCCUUGGAACAGUCUCUGGCUGGAAGGCUCUUUAAGGAGGACUCUGGCUGGAACUCUCUCUGGUGAAGUCAGCUGAGAUGGAGCUGGCCUGGUGUCACUAGAAUCCUUGCUUAGACAGACCUUGUGGUGAGUGUUAAAAGACUGCCUGACUGAUCUCUCUCUCUUAAGACUCAGGUCUAGGCCAUGUUGGCUUAAGGCCCUUCAUACUUAUUUCCUUUUCCUCUCUUUCUCUCUUUUCUUUAAUUCCACAUUUGUAUUAAUUAAAAUCUCUAUAAAACCCAGUUGACUUGGGUAUUUGAAUAACUGGGAAUAUUUCCCUGGCGACCACCUUAUAUUUGAUUUAAAAACCAAGACACUGUAGUGAAACAUAUUUUCUGCAGUCAAAUUUACUCACCCUUUCUUAUAUCUAUCACAAUUUAUAUCUUCCACCAUUUUAACUCACUACAGUUUACAACAUCAACCAUUUUAAUUAUUACAGUUUAUGGCAUCAACUAUUUUAAAUCUUACAUUUUGCAGACAAUGGAUUCCUUGCUAUGGGGAAAUUACUAAACCCCUUAUAGCACUAACUUAUUUGGUCCCUGAACCCCUCAAAUUAGAGCCUGAACACUUGUCAGCUCUAUCAGAUCUAAAAAAGGCUAUCAUGUCUGCCCCUGCUCUAGGCAUCCCAGAUUACAACAAGCCAUUUACUUUGUAUGUGCAUGAGCGAAGAGGAGUAUCUUCUGGUGUUUUAACUCAGACUUUGGGACCUUCUCAGCGCCCAAUUGCUUAUUAUUCUGCCCAACUAGACCCAGUAGAAUCUGGAGCACCACCAUGUCUUAGAGGAGUAGCUACUACAGCCUUACUAGUGACAAAAACUGUUGAUCUAGUAUUGGGAUGUCCAUUAACAAUUAUUUGCUCACAUGAGGUAGAAGCAUUGUUGAUAAAACAUAGAACACAGGCUUUCUCAGAUCAGAGGAUUACAAGAUAUGAAAUAACCUUAUUAAAUAGUGAAAACAUUACCUUGAAACACUGUACAAUCCUUAACCCUGCCACCUUGCUUCCAGAUUUACCAACUUCAGGAGAACCAUUACACAAUUGUGAAACAUUAGUGUCCAAGGCAGAAAAGCCUCGAGAUAAUCUCUUGGACACUCCCUUAGACAAUGCAGAUCUGAUUUUAUUCACUAAUGGUUCCUCUUUUAUGAGGGAUAGCAUACUCUACACUGGAGCUGCCGUAGUCUCAGAAUUUGCCACUGAAUGGUCAGCUUCACUACCUUCUAACAUUAGAGCUCAAGGAGCAGAACUCAUAGCUCUGUAGCCCAUUUGUAUAAUUGCCAAGGAUAAAAAGGCAACAAUUUAUACGGAUUCUAGAUAUGCUUUUGGCAUUUGUCACUCAGUUGGAAUGUUAUGGCUCCAGAGAGGAUUUUUUAACCUCAGCUGGAAAAUCUAUAGCUAAUGCAGAAAUUAUUAAUGAAGUUCUUUCUGCUCUACAGCUACCUGAAGCCCUAGCUGUAAUUCACUGCUCUGCCCAUACAGGUGGCACUGACCCCAUCUCUAAGGGAAAUAAUCAAGCAGAUGCCGCUGCAAAGCUAGCAGCCAUAGAAGGACCUGAAUUAAUUUUAACAUUAACAACCACUGAUGAUUUAAAUUUACCACUUUCCUAUAAUGAAAAGGAAGUGGAAAAAUGGAAACAAAAAUUUAAAGCAAAACAAAUUAGUGGAGUAUGGGUGUCAUCUGAGGGAAAACCCCUGCUCCCUAGAAGUUUCUAUCACCAAAUUUGCCAAUCUAUUCAUAAAAAUGGUCAUUUUGGCACCCAGAGCAUCAUGGACUCGGUUAAGAGAGUAUGGAUAGCCCCUGGUAUAACUACUAUAGCCUCUAAAGUAUGUUCAGUCUGCUCUACCUGCCAGGCAUAUAACCAACAUGCAUUUCGUGGAAAAUCCUUUGGUGGGCAUCCUCUGGCUUACAUACCUUUUGAACACCUACGGAUAGAUUUCAUAACAAUGCCAAAGGCUGGACGUUAUAAAUUUUGUCUAGUCAUUGUAGAUCAACUGACCAGAUGGCCGGAAGCAUUUCCUGUGACCCGAGCCACAGCGGAUUUUGUUGCUAAGAUACUUUUAAAAGAAAUUAUUCCUCGCUUUGGACUGCCAGCACAUAUUGAUUCAGAUAGAGGAAGUCAUUUUACUGAUUCUGUCCUAAUCAGAUAUAUUCUUGCUUGGGAAUAGCUCCCAAAUUCCAUGUUCCAUAUCAUGCCCAGAGCUCAGGCCAAGUGGAGAGGAUGAACAAUGAACUUAAAACUAUGAUUGGAAAAUUAUGCACUGAGACACAUUUAAAAUGACCUGAAAUUCUCCCUCUGGCCCUAUUUUAUCUUAGAAGCAGGCCUAGAGGAGACCUACAUAUCUCACCAUUCGAGAUGCUUUUUGGACAUCCGCCUAUACAAGCUAAACCUAUUUCCCCUGCAUAUACAUCACUAUGAGGAGGAGAUACUUCUAUUGCUUCCUAUAUACAGGAAAUACAGCACAAACUGCGUGAACUUCAUGAAUCCGGAGCUGCACUACAAGUUGGACCACUAGACUUUUCUCUUCAUGACCUGAACCCAGGAGACAAAGUGUAUAUUAAGAAUUUCAAGCAUACUGGAGCAACUCAGCCUUCGUGGAAAGGACCAUUCCAAAUAUUGUUAACUACUCCAACAUCUAUAAAGAUUGGAGAAAAGGACUCUUGGACUCAUUGCUCACAUGUGAAGAAAGCAUCUUCUGCUGAGACUGAUUGACUGUAUCCUAUCAUAUGAAUUGUAGAUUAUAAUCCAUUGACAAGUAGAUACUUUUUUUUCAAAAAACACAUUGAAUACCUGAUUUUUCUCCCUUAUUUUUUAUUACUUUUCUUUUAUUUUGAUUAGGAUAUUUGAUUUUUUUUCUCAUUUCUUAUACUAAAGGUACAUAUAAUUAAUAUUAUUUUUUUUGCAGUAAUAGAAGUUUAACAUAUAUAUGUAUAUAUAUAUAUGUAUAUAUAUAUAUAUAUAUAUAUAUAUAUAUAUAUAUACUUGCUAUAAUAUCAAUGCAUACCCCAAAAGCUUUAAACUAUGGGAACCUGCCAUUUAUUGAUAAAAUAUUAGGAGACUGUGAUACUGUGAUUAAUGUUUAUGUAUGAUUCCAGAAAAAUGGGAUAAAAAAACAAGGAGCACAGACUUAACCUGAAAAGUAUCAAAAAGAGCACACAUGAAAUACUAAUGUGAGACUCGAGGUUGCGACGCUUGACAUAUGUUAAGUCGUAGGACUUCCUUGUAUCUAUACUCAUUGUGAAGUACUCAUACAAGUACAAAAUUUGACUAUUAUGCUGGCUCCCUAUAUCCCUGAGAAUGACAAAAAUCAGACGCUUCCCUAUCAAAAUAGAAUUCUAAUUUUUUUUUCUUCUUAUAUUAUGGCAACUUCCUGUAGUCUUGGCUGAAAAUGGCUAAAUGAAAUAUUACUGCAUUCUGUCCUACAGACUUGUGGGAUAGAAAUUACAUUAAAUUGGACCUAUACAAGGGCCUAUUUUGAAUUUUUUUUUCCUUAUGUUUCUGAUUAUUUUUCUCUUCUUUUGAUAAUUGACUCAUACAUCCCCAUAACUCAACAUUGCAUUCUGAGCUGAACUGGAUUUUUUUUAACACCUACUUCAGGGGGGAUUGUAUUUUAAUUUAAAAUCUAAGAAUUUUGAUUUUUUGUUUGAGAUUAUAUUUUUACAUAAAAUCCAAGAUUUUGAUUUUUGUUCGAGAAAAGAUCUUCAAGGAAGAAGCUUAUUAACUCCUAAAUCCAGAGAAUGAAUUAUUGCAGAAAGAUGCCAGAAAACCCACAAUACAUCAAGAAGAUCAAGAAUGAACUUUGGAUAUGGUUGAUUGAACUGAAGUUUGAUUGAAAGUUUAUUGUAAAUGUAUAUACAUUUAUGCCAAAAGGGAGUGCCCCUAAUUUGGCUUUCUGUCAAUGAGCCUAGCAAAAGCUUUCUUUCUUUUCUAUUUCCUCCCUCACUACUCUAAUUUCCUCUUAGAAAACUGAAUAUUGUAUAUAUCUACAGUUAGAAGUUCAUUUAGGAUUACAAGAUGAAUUUGUUAAAUGAUCAAUGGGGAGACUAGUCUCCCAAUGAUCAUCAGAAGUGAUUGUGAACCUUAAAAAUUCUCAGACCCUACUUCAUAAGGUUGAGUUAAGAGCAUUCCCCAUUUUAAACAAUGAAGGAACUUAGAUCAGGAAUGUGAGACCUCUACUUAGAUCAGGAAUAUGAAGACCUCUACUCCACCCCUACUUAAGCCUGCUUUAGGGGAAGAAACUCUUUGCUGAACAAUGAAAAAUACUUAAACCCAUACUUAUAGUAAGACAAAAGUUCUUAAGCUGUGCCUAUUUUUAGAUCUAAUACAAAAGGGUGCUAAGUACCUAUAAAGGUCAGGCAACUUGUGAAUUUACAAGGAGCAAAGAGGUGAGAAACUUACUCAGAGGUUUUCUGGUGUGAACUUGAUAAAAAAUUUAAGCCUUCUUAGGUGUGAACUAAGAAAAGUCUUUCCUUUGGAAAACGUCUACUUUGAUUGGUAGAUGUGAGAACUUAGGGGAGGAGAAAAUUCCCUUUAUAAGGAGAGGAAAAGAUGAAUCUCAGGACAGUCAGAAGAAUCUCUCUCUGGAGAUGGAUGGCUGGCUGAACUAGUGUCUCUGAACACUAGAAUCUUUGCUUGGACAAAUCUUGUGGUGAGUGAUUAAAGACUGAUCUCUCUCUUAAGACUCAGGUCUAGGCCAUUUUGGCUAAGGCCCUUCAUACUUAUUCCUCUCUUAUUCUCUCUCACUCUCAUUAAUUCCUUAAUUUGUAUGAAUUAAAAUCUCUAUAAAACCCAGUUGACUUGGGUAUAUUUAAUAAUUGGGAAUUUUUCCCUGGCGACCACCUUAUAUUUGAUUUAAAACAAGACACUGUCUUGAAACCUUAUUUUCUGUGGUCACAAUUUAAGGCUCCAACUCUUUUAUCUGCCACAAUUUAUGUCUUCCACGAUUUUAAUUUUUACACAUCCCCUUUCAAUAGAAAUAUUUGGCCAAAAUAGGAAGGGGAGUAGGUAGAUUAGCAAGUAAGGGUUAACCACUGGAAAGCCCAAACAUUGAGCUAGUUAGUAACUACAAACAAACAGAAACCAGCAGACAAAUCUCCUGUAAAGGAUUUAGAAAAACACAGGAAAGAAUUACAUAGGAGGAUGAGCCUAGAUAGGUUUGUGAUCUGUAUUAGUGAAAUAUUCAUAUUGCUUAGAUCAUGAUAGAUUGCACAGAACUUCAAGAAGCAUAGACUAAAGGUAAGAGAGAAGACUUCAAGAAAAAGUUUUAAGACUUGUUUUUCAAUGGACCACUUGUUAAUUCUAGUUAACUGAGCUACCCUUUUCUCUGGGUCUGUAAAAGAAUGGAGUCAUCUACUUUCUGUUUUGCUUCUCUCCGAAGUAAUUCAAUUCAAUAAGAAUUUAUUAAAUCUCUACUACUACAUGCAAAGCAGGCACUAAACUUUAGGGUGUAUAUAUGCAAAAGAUGGCAUAGCUCCUCAGUUUAAGAAAUUUAUAAUCUAAUAAAUGGAAUGAGACAUGGAUAUAAACAUAUAUUAUAAUGGGCUAGAAAGUAAAGAGAUCUAAGCCAAAUGCUAUAAAAGAAUUAUAAAGAGAAAAAAAUGAAUUGCAGUUUCAGGGAUCAAGGAAGAAGUGACUCCCAACUGAUCCUUGAAGGAAUAAGACUUCAUGAAGGAAGACCUAUUUCAAGAAAGGAAGAGUUACAAUUAGCCAACAGUCCAACUGCCUGGAAAAGAGUAUAAGAGAAAAAGGGUAGUAAUGGGGGUGGGGGGGAGCAUAGAAAUAGCAUUAAUAUGCUAUGUAAACGAUGUAUUAGAAAAACAGGAGACAUAUGAGGGCAAGUAAGAGGCUGUUGUAGGUGGUAAGAUGUAACAAUUCAGACAGAUGGAAAUUAUGGUCUAUUCUAAGGUAUAGACUAUAGUAAAAGAAUGCAGGGAAAGGUUAUAAAAGCUAUUAGAAAGGUAGAAUCAAUAAAACUGGGUAAAUGAUGAAAUCUAGCAGGUGAUGAUAAAAUGAAGAAUCAAAAGUCAAGACCCAAGUAGAUGACUGAGUACAUUGUGGUACCACUGAUAGGAACAAGAAAAUUAGGAGGAGAAGGAGGUUUAGGAAAAAGACAGGUUCAGUUUUGAAAGUGUUGAGUUUGAGCUGCCAGUGUGAUAUCCAGGUGGACAUGUCCAGCAGGCAACUGGAAAUGUGAGUCUGAGGCUUGGAAAAGUAGCUUGAAGUUGAGAUUUGACCCUUCCAAAUGAUAACUGAUGUUGCAGGAAGGGUCUUGGUAAACAUUCACUUGAAAGGAUCAAAUGGAAAUGAACCAAACAUGGUCAAUGUAAUGAAAAAGAUAAGAUACGGUAGGAAAAAUUAUCAAGAUGGUAUGAGAAAGGGUGACUGAAUAUACUUGCUGACAGGAUGAAAAUAAUACACAUACACAAGCACAUUUAUUACGUGUAUCUCAUAGAGAUUAGCAUUGUUAGUCACAUAACAAGUGACCAAUAAAUUCUUUUUCUUUUGUUUUUAAUCCUUAUCUUGGGUCUUAGUAUCAAUUCCUAGACAGAAGAGGAUUAAGGACUAAGCAAUGAGGGUUAAGUGAAUUGCCCAGGUUAUAUUUGAACCCAGGUCCUCCUAACUCCAGGCCUAUUGCUUUAUCCACUGUGCUACCUACCUGCCUCAACCAUUAAAUGCUUAACAAUUAUUUUAUUUAGAUUUGUAAAAGAGAAAAUUUUUGGAAAUGGAAUGAAUCUUACAAAGGUAAUAUGGAAGAAAAGAAAGAGUAUUAAAUUAGGAAUGUAAAAACAUAAGUUCUAGUUCCAGCUCUGUCAAAAUCAGAGUUGAGCUAUAUGAUGUUGAGUUUCUUGAAGCAUGUUUUUUCUCAAUUCUAAAAUGAAGAGUUGGAGCUAUUCCAUUAUCUCUAAGUUCUUUCCUACUCUAUUGUGAUAUAAUUCUAUCAUGUAUAAAUACAUUUUAAAUAUAGCAUAAAAAAUUACUUCUGAUACAAGCUCAAGAUACAUGAUGAUACCACUUGCAAGAAAUUCAAAUUGAUUUUAUAGUUCUACUCAAGGCAGUCAUGGAGUAAACUACACAUAAAUAUACAGUAUACUUAAACCAAAAAAAAAGGGUAAAAAUGGGUUUAUCUUCAAUUGUUAUUGCCAACACAAACCCAAGCACUAUGUAUUUACCACUUGUUUUCUUUUAAUAUACCCUUCAUUCAGCUGAAACUACUAGUGGUAAAAAAUCUAUUAUCUUUUCAUCUCUAGCAUUCAACAUAUAAAUUAUUUUUUCUAUGUUGUCAUAAUUUUCCCUGAACUCUCCUAUCUCAGAGAUAUCCCAAACAACAAAUAUUGUAUUUUAAAGACAUGAAAAUGGGGGGGGGGGGAGGAAAUAUCAUAACUAACCAAUGAAUUGAAAAAUGUUCAAAAAAUGUGAAAUGUACAAUACCUGGGGAUACCCUAACUUUACAAAUGGAAUGAAUUGGAGUUCAUAUCUUCACUCAAGUCAUAUAAGAUAUAUAUUUACAUAUGUAUAUAAACAUACAUAUGUAUAUGACAUAUAUAUACACACUCAAACACACAAAACAAGUUAUAUACAGGAUAAAUAGGAAAUAAUAGGCUUCCUGUAGAAGGUAGGAUUUUAGUAGGGUAAAGAAUUAGAAACAUUUCUUUGAUCUUUACAAUUUUGUUACAUUCACUUUUUGUAUUUAUGUAUGGUUCUUUCUGUUAAUAAGUUUGUAGUCAUGUAUAUAUUGUUUUCUUGGAUCUGCUUACUUCAUUCUUCAUCAGUUCAUGUAGACCUUUCUGUAUUUCUCUGUAUUCACUGAAUUUCUUACAGCACAGUAAUAUUUCAGUACAUUCAUAUUCCUCUCAAUUCUAAUGCUUUCUCUCUGUUAAUUAUUUCCUAUUUAUCCUGUAUAUAGUUUAUUUUGUAUAUGUUUGUUUGCAUGCAGUUGCUCCAACUUAAACAAGUUGAGGGCAGACACUGUCUUUUGUUUCUUUUUAUAUCCUCAGUGUUUUGCACAAUGCCUUAGCAUCAAGUAGGUAUUUAAUAAAUACUUACUGACUGACUGGUAUAACAAAAGUCAAUGGCUUGCUUGAGUAGCUCAAUAAUAAUUUCUGGGUCAAAGGGAAUAAAGAUUCUAUUUAUUAUACAUAUUCUUAAAACUGUUAUAAUUAUUUGCAUAAUUCUAAGUUGUUUUCAAAAAUGGUUGUCCUAUUUCACAGAUCCACAAACAACGUGUUACCCUAUAUCCUCUCCAGUACUGGCUGGACUUUUGUCAUCUUUACCAAUUUGCAGGAUGUGAGGUUAAACCUUAAGAGUGUUUAGAUGUACAGUUUUCUUAUUAUUAGUGAUCUGGAACAUUCUUGAAUGUGGUUGUUGAAUACUUUGUAACCUGUUUAUAUCCUUUAAUCAUUUAACUACUGGGGAAUGACUUAGUCUUAUAUAGAUUUAAGUGUCUUGAAUACCAAACCCUUUAGAAAGUUCUUUAUGUUUAUUUAAUAAAGUAUGAAUGGUCUGACUGCAUUUUUUUACUGUUUUUUCAACACUGAAGAAACCAAUUACUUUGGAAACAUGUAAACAAACACCAAGUUUUUGUAAUACGCUUGCUAAUCUCUAUAAAUUAGUACGAGAACCUGAACUUGUGUGGGGAAAACAAUGCUGUUUGAAGGAUAAUAAAGUAGAAAGAACAUCAGUCUAGAAACUGAAAUAUCUAGGCUCUGGUAUAAUUUUUAAAAUCCCCUUCCCCCUGAGGUAAAAUUAGGGAUCAGUUUGUUUCUUCAGUCACGUGGAGAGGGAGUUAGGAGGCUAAUUGUUACCUAAGGAAAAUACACCCCAGUUUUUACCAGUUGCCAGGAGAGUGGCUCCAAUUUUGUGAGUUCUGAAGAUAUAGCUGCAACUACCAGCAGUCUAGGACCCGGGCUGGGGGCUAGAGGAUGAGCGAUCAGGAUCAAGAAGAUCAGGAGACAAUCCAGGGGGCUGGAUCAGCAGCAGGAACAGGAGCAGGAGCAGGAGCAGGAGCAGAAGCAGAAGCAGGACUAGGAGCAAACAGGAUAGACAGCAGCAACCAAAGGCAGCAGUGAGGAACGAGGAACUCAGGCUCAAGUAGGUGAGCAAGAGAAGAGACCAACCAAUCCCAAAGGAAUUGAUGAAAUUUUGAGUCAAGACAAGAGGACUUGAACUUAUUUGGAGUUUGAGGUUGCAACUGUUUUGACAUAUGUCAAAGGCAGGUCUUCCUUGUCCUACAUUCUACCAAGUAUCUCAAAUUUGGCUCCUACCUGGUUCUUAUAAUCUAGUCCUUAAUCUGUCUUUCAAAGUAUGGCAAAACUUUCUUUAGUCCUGGCUGUUGAUUGGGUAAGUGAAUAAUUGCUUAAAUCAUUUUAAUUGGGCCCUGAUUCAAGGACCUGUUACAGGUUUAUUUUUCCUUUACUUAAAAUUUUUACACGUAAGACUUUGAUAGUUUAUAUUUCAAGCAGAAAUUAUUUUUUUCUUUUUUAUUUGGAUUUUUUUUAUGUUUUUGAUUUAUCUUGUCAAUUGAUUCAUAUACCUCAUAACUCAGCCAUGCAUCCCUAAGUGAUCCCUGUGUUUUUCAACACCCUCUUCAGGGGAGUAUGUAUUAUUAUUAUUCUAAAAUGCAAAUUUUAAAUUCUUUUUGAGAGUAAUUUUAGGAUAAGAAACACGCUACCUCUCUGAAUCCAGAAAUGAACUGUUUGGAGAAGGCACCAUGAAGAUGCCUGCACAGACCACACGCUCAACCAGAAGAUUCAGAGUGAACUUUGGGAUGUUGUAAAUUUUAGAUUUACUCCACCCUGCUUAGUCUAACAAAACAGGAAUGUCUAUACCCCUACUUAAGAAUUAAGUGUUGAGACGGACGGCCUAUAACAGACAUGUGCUAGCAAAUGACAAAUCAGAAACAACAGACAGACCCCCUGGGCUGUCCUAAGUCAAGCUUAAGCUACCAUUGAUACAUGUGAGAUGCAGGAAGUGAUGUAAAAAACAGUCUAUAUAUUUUGUGUCACUUCCUCUCUCCAGUCUCUUUUUUGCGAAGAGGUGGUUCUGGUUCUGUUGGCAGAGAGGUGGCUAGUGGCAGCGUGCUAGGUGUCUUGGCAUCCUGGCAUGACUGCAGCUAUUGUCCAGGUUUGUCGUUGAGCAUCCUUCAUACAGUAACCAAGAGAAGCUUAACAUAUGGGUCAGGUGAAGCAUUUUCACUGAGCUCUCUUGGAGUUUAGGCUGAUUCUUUUUUUUUCCUUUACCUUUCCUAAAACGCCAUCCUCCUAGAAGGCCCCUCAUCUCGGAGGAGGCCUCAUGGCUGGAAGGUCUCUGAACUCCCCUUGGCUCAGGCUAGGCCAGAGAAAUCCUAUACCCUUUCCCUCUCUCUUCUUCUUAAUUACUUCCCUCAAUAUUAAUUAAAUUAAUUAAAUCACCAAACUGACAAGUAUUUUUAUUGGGAUUUGAAUUAAUCCCUGGCAACCAACUAAAUUUAUAUUUCAGUCAAAAAAACCCUAAAUUUACCCCAUACAAUGUGGUGAUCUGAAUUGUCUGGGGUUGAAUGCAUUUGUUUUGUAUGUAUACUCUUAUGCUGAAAGGGACUGCCCCCUAACUGGCUUUUUGUCAAUACACCUAGAAAUCAUUGGUUUUGUUCUCUUUUCCUUUUCCCCCCUAAAUUAUUUUAAUUUCAAAGCUGGUUCUGUUUAUAAGAUCCAUUGGAGAGAUGUGUCUUCCACGGAUCUCAGGGGGAAUGUAUAAUUAAAAAUCUGUUACCCUAAAAAAAAAAAAAAGAACUACAUUUCCCAGGAGCCCACUGACUGACUUCCUGUCAUUACAUACUUCCUGUAGGCAGGAGAUAUUAGAUAGGGACAUGGAGGGUCCUGCUCUUUACUUCCUGUCCCGAGCUUAGUGGUAGUAAGGUGGGCAUUUGAACUGGCUGAUCAGCCAUGGGUACAUGGUCUUUAUUUUGUAUCCUAUUUGUUCCUUGAUUUCUAAUGAUCAUUAAUGAAUCCCUUAAAAUAUAAUAUUUUUAGAGAUUUAAUUUAAAAUUUUGCACUCCCCGGUGUUGAUCUAUACCACUAAUUAACUAGGUAUGUUGCCUUGGGAAAAUUUCAAUCUAAUCCAAUAAGCUUUAAUUAAGUAGCUAUUAUGUACUAGUUCCAUUAAAUUAUAAUAACUUCUAUUCUAUUUUAUUUUAAUUGUAGAAAUCAUAUGAAGUCAUAGCUGGAAAUUAACGUUCCUAGAUAAAACCCCUCACUUUAUAGAUGUUUGCUAUAUUCUUGGAAUGGUAUGGCAUUUCAGGAGGCCAAGAGCAAAUCAUCCACAAAAUGUAUUAAAGGGCUCUCCUUAAAUUCAAUAUUUGCCAAAUCUUGUGUCAAAACUUGGGAAAAUAAAGUUGGAAGUUCUAGGUAACCUUGAGGCAGACAAAACCACCUGUGUUUAGACCCUUUCCAGGUGAAUGUAAAUAUGUUUCAGGAAUCAUCAUGGAUGGGUAGUGAAAAAAAAAAAGGCAGAACACAAAUCUACUACUGUGAAAUAUUUACGGCGCUAGGAAGAGGAAAUAAUGGUUGAUAGACCUAGAACAAAAAGGUGUUUUUCGAUAUAAUUAUUAAGAGCCCUUAAAUCUUGAACAAACAGAUAAAUAGGUUUUCCAUUUUUAUCUAAUUUCAGUUGUUUAAUAGGCAAGUUAGGUGUAUUAUAUUCUGAUUUGCAUGGGAUUAUUACUGGAGUAAUUCCCUCAAUUACUUCUUUUGAUAAUGGAUACUGAGAAAUGGAAGGAGGUGGGCCACCUUUUGUUCUAAUCUGAACAAAACAGCUGAUUUAAAUAGGUCUACAUGGAAAGAAGAUAUAGCCCAGAGAUAUUAGGGUAUAUCUUUUCAAAGGUGGGAGUUUUGUCCAUCUCCUAUCUAGAAAGAGUACAGGGAACAAAUUUAGAGAUUCCUCAGACAGUUCUAAUGUAAUAUCUCCAUCUUGAGUAUAUGUUAUUGUGACUCUUAAUUUACACAAAAGAUCUCUCCCCAAUAAAUUCAUAGGAGUUAGGCAUUAAAAGGAAUGAAUAUUCCAAGGAUAAAGGUCCACAGACACCAUUCAUGGUGAAAGCUUUGGGACUUUCAGAGGUGCUCUGGACAUCCCCACAACAUUGAUAGUGCCAAUAGAAUUACAAUUAGAAUCAGGUAUAAUCAUCAGCACAGAUAUUGAUGCCCCAGUAUCUAGAAGACAAUAGUAUAACCUAUGUCCUACUUUCAGUGUCACAUGUGGUUCAUAGCUAUUCAGGGGAGAACAGACUGGGUUGACUAGUGUAAUUAUAUCGGUGUCUGGAAAAUCAAAUAUUUCAAUCUUUGUUUCCAGAGUCCUUUAUCCCCUCUCAGACCUUCAUAAGAGUCCGUGUACAACUAUCUGAGAUUCCUUUCAUUGAGGAGGAUUUGCAUUUUGGUUAUUGCAUGGACAAGCCCCAUUUCAGAUAUAUUGUAACAUAUCAUUUGCCUCAUUUUGGUUAUUGGGUCUAUUGUUCCCAUAAUUUCUAUAACUGUUAUUUCUGUAAUUGUUUCUAUUGUUGUUGUUAUUUUGAAAAUAGUUGUUCCUAAAGUUUCCACCAUUAUUACUAAAAUUAUUGAACAUUUGAGUCCAAACCAAACACUUUGGUCUUUGGUUUGUAGAUUCUCACAAAGGAGCCAUAGCUACCCCAUAAUUUGUAUCUCUUUUUUCAAGUUUUCCCUUUAAUACUUUUAUCUCCUUUCUUAAUGACUCCACUAAAUCACUAUCAUCUUCAUCUUUCUUUUCAUGCCCAUUAUAUACAUAUACUGCCAUUCUCCUUAAUUCAUCAAGAUCCAUACUCAGCCAGUUAGGACAGCUAGUUGUGAAAUAGUCCUUGCCCACCCGUCAGCAAUUUUUCACAAACUGCCUUCUCAAUUGUCUAACAUACCUUUCUGUGGUCAAAUCUAGGUCAAUAUAGCUUCCUCCCAGUUCUCCAAGUCUGUCCAUGAACUGUGAAGGAUUUUCUCCAAUCUCUUGUUUUAAUUUUUCAAAUUUUGUCCAGGUACCUGGUCUGUCAGAACAUGCUUUCACAGAUGCAUCAUUAAAAUCCCAUUUGGGGUCUUUUAACGGCCAGUGUGCUGCUCCUCUUCCCAAAGCCUCAUUAUUCCAGAGGUAAAGUAGCAAACAGAUGGCUGGACUUGAACUCCUUUUAGAAGAUGAUAAAGUUUUACUGCCAUUCCAAAGAAAACUACAGAAAAAGAAAAGAGUCACUAAGGAAUGUCAAACAAUGAGGGGAAAGAGAAAGAACAAACUACCUCAUCUAAAGGAAGGAAAGAGGCAUAAAAACAUUGUCCCUUGAAACCCCUAAUUCUUCAAAAGACUAAGUGCCAUCAAGAUUUAAUCCUACUUCAGUUCUUCAAUUUGCUCAAAGCUCUCUCUUCAUGCAUGAGCUCUUCACCUACAGUUUGGACCCACAAGCAGUCCCUAGGAAACCUGGCUAUCAAUCAUCCUGGAGACACUUCUGAAACCGUGACCUUCUUACUGCCACAUUCCAGUAUCUCUGCCAAAGAAAAGAACUCCAUCUGUUUGCCACCCUCUCUUUCACUUUAUGGCUGGCUGUUUUCAGUUACCAUCCAUCAACCACAGUCUCCCAGGGCAAUGGUUGCUACCAAAGAAGCAGAAUGAUGGCUCCAUCGCUGUCCUCAGAAGCCUACAAAGAUUUAUGAAGAUGGAGACUUGAGUUACCCCACAACUGAAUAUUUGGAAAAAUAUACCAACUUUGAAAAUGUUAUUCCUUCACAAAAUAUUAAAUCUCUGCAACAUGAACAUCAAGCAGAUGGUAGUAAAAUGUCUGAAUGCCUUUCCUAUGACAUAAUUAAAAAAAUGGCUUCUGUAAAAGAAGAAUACAAGCCAAAAAAGAAGGAAAUUGAUUUUGCAAGCAUCUAUAAGCAGGAUUUUAAAUUUUAUCCAUUACAACCUGCUAAAACAAUGAAGCCUCUGGAGAGAAGUCUUCGUAAAGAAGGAAAGAUGGAUACUCUUCCUACCUAUAAAGAUCAUUUCAGACUUUGGAGGAUUGAGAAAAGGGACCCUGAAAAGCAACUGCCUACUGUGAAAUCUACAUUUCAGCCCUUAGAAACCCUUACAAGCUAUCUCUUUUCAUAUAGACCUCAUGGGCUAGGACCCAAAUUUAUAAAACCAAAAGAAGUUUAUAAGCCAAACAAUGAACCCUUUGAUGAUUUAACAACCAACCGCCAGGCUUACCAAGGCCUCCCUGGGGAACCUGCAAAGAUUUGUCUACCUGCAAUCACAAGGGUGGCAAAAAAUGCUCAAUUCGGGGGAAACACAGAAUUCCAGGAUAAUUUUCAUUCAUGGCAAAUUCCAUUGCCCAAGAUUCGAAAGUUAACACAGAAUGUUCCCCCAUCAGAUCACAUGAAGCAAAGUGGCAAAACUCAUCAAGAUUCUAUACCAACUCAAAUGACCACAGGGGCUCCUAAAAAGCAAGGUUAUUCACAUAUUACUAAAUUUCCCUUUCAAGGAAAAAGCACCAUGAAAGAUGAUUUCAAACCAUGGGACAACUAUUGCAGACGGUCAUUAAUAAUUAAACCCAGCUAUGAUUUUUCCAGUCCAUCUGGGAAGUUUGAAGACUUGACCACUUUCAGAACUCAUUAUAGAGAGCAUGAAUUAAUUCCAACAAAGAGUUUCAAACCUGUCCCACUUAUUGUUAACAGCUCCGAACCAUUUGAUGAUACAACAUUAUAUUCUCUACAUUAUACAGCAAAGAAACAGGAGACAUGCCCAGCUAGAUAUUCUCCCCCUCCAGGAUAUAGAUUUGAAAAUACCAAUUUCCAUGGUCACAAAUUAUUUCGCAAGAAUAGUCCACCAGUGGAGGACUUUACUCCAUCAACUAAUAAGGUUUCCAACUAAAUGGCUUUAUGACAUGCUGGAUUUCCUAGGCUGAUGGACCUAUGAGAUUCAAGAUAUUUUAAUUAGGCGAUAAAGAGAAAAAUCAUUAUGGAAGAUUGUUUUUAUGAAGAUUAGUAGUAAAAUGUUCCAUCUAGAUUUUUUUUAACUUAAGGAGAUUUAAAUCUAUCCAGGGAGUUUAAUAUUACUGCUGAAAAAAUUACUUCAAAAGGUUUAUAAUUGAAAUUAGAAUGGAUACUCCUUUCACCAAAGCUAAUUAUAAUCCUUCCAUGCCUCAGUAGACAGUUCUUCAUAAGUUUCUUUGGCCAAAAAUAUCAAUAAGUAACCAUUUCUCUGUUAAUGAGCAUUUCUGAACUUACCCAGACUGGUCCUUUGAAGACAGGAAUGUCAUUGAUAAGCUUGCAUUCAAAGACUUUCCAGUUUGGGGAUAUUGCCAAAGCUUGCCUUCUGCUGGCAUAGCCUCCAAGAACCCAGGAUCAUCUUCUUAACAUCAAGAAGCAUUAAGAGUAAGGUACUAAAAAAGCCUAAUACAAUUAGCACUGAUAUUUUUAGUUCAUUUUUCUUUACAAUGCACUUAUACCAAUUUUAUUCUGGACAUUCCCAAUGUAAUUUAAUUAUUCCUGCCAUACGAUUUCUUAACUAGUUUCCAUUCUGUGAUCAUAUACAAUUGAUGACAUUUUUAUGUGUAAAUGAUGUAGUCAGAGGUGUCCAACCAUUCCAUCAUUAAUGACAAUCUGCUCCUGAAAUAUAGUAAUUGAGCCCAUAGAAAACAAAACAGGUAAAAUUUGGUAUAAAGUAUGAUUUUUAAUAUAGAUUUUGCUUUUGGAGACUCAAACAGUUCAUGGUCAUUCAUAUGUUUGUGCUAAUUUAUUACUUCCAGAUUUUUUCCAAAAUGGGCAUAUUCCACACAAUGUUGUCCCAACUGUCAUCUUGCAAUAAUAACUUACAUUUUAUAUAUAGCAAAUGCUCAAUAAACACUUGUUAAAUGAUUGAAUACAGGUUUUAUAAUUUACAAAAUGAUUCAUUUAUAAAAACUAUUAUUUAGGUAGUAUGACUGUUCUUCUUCCAAUUUUACAGAUGAAACCAGGGUGUAAAGAUGUUAACCACUUAUCUGUGGUCACAAUUCCUGCACUUGGUCUUCACAUCUUUGCUGAGGCUCUUUCUGGGGCAUGGAAUGCCCUCCUUCCCAUUUUUUCUUUUGAACUAACAACCCCUCCAAACCUCCCAAAAUGCCACAACUUCCCAGAAGUUUACACUGAUUGAAUAAAUUUGGCAAUAGCUUCCAUCCCUCAACAUUCCCAUAAUAUUGUUUUAUAACUUUCAUGCAAUGUAGGCCACAUGAGCUGAUAUUCUUUUUCUCCUCCUAGAUGUUAGUUUCCUUGAGGUUAAGUAUUAUAUUUUACCAACACAUUUUAUCUCUCUUGGCAUCUGAACACAAUACCCUGUACCCAGUAGAUGCUAAAUGAAUGUUCCAUGAUAUUGAAUGUUGAAGCCAGAGGACUAAACCCAAGUCUACUCAUUCCAAAACUACUACUCUUAACUCUCACAUUGACAGUAUAACCACAUCCCCCCUUUAAACCCCAAAUAUCUGGUCUGUGCCAACUUCAACCCACUUUAGCUUUUACCUUGGAUAGCUUCAAUUCCCUCUUCCUUACCAAGGAGCCUCAGCCCACUUGACUUGAGCAAUUUAGACUCUGCCUAGUACUCUUUCUAUAGAACUGCUCCCAGCUUUUGUUUUUGUUAUCUUAAGGAAGAGGAGUGAAUCAAGACAUUAUAGUAAACCUGAAUACCUGAGAAUCUUCAAUACAGGUUUUGAAAUACUAUAAUCUUCAUUUUUACUAUUAUAAUUAAUGAAAGGUAACAUAACAUAAUGCAUAGAAUUCUGACAUGAGAAUGCAGAGGCCACUGGUGAAGUGUCCAAUGAACCACUCUCUCUCUUCAGUAGGGUAAGAUGAAAUAGGGCCUAAUGGGCAAGCAUUGAGUUCUAGUCCUACCUCUACUGCCUAGGAGCCCUAUGACUUGAUGUUGGGCAAGUCAUUGAACAUAUUGGAGUCUUAGUUUCCUUAUUUAUAAAAUGGAAACAUUAUCAACCCCAAAUACCUCACUAGGUUGUUCUAAGGAUCAAAUGAGAAAAUGGUUGGGAAAUCGUACGAUUGUAUUUCAAGGAUCUCUCCACCACAGCAGAUAGCAAUCCCUCUAUGCUAGAGGAGGCAUUCUUCAUGAGAAGCAAUGGACAAACAAAUGCCUUAACUGGUGGUCAGCCUUUCCUAGGUUACUUAACCUGACUUUUCGAUGACAGAAACACAGUCCACUGAGAGGCUCGUAUAUUUUGGUAAGACCUAUCAAAGUUUGUUUUUUGCUUUACAGCCUCUGAGAAUUCAGAAAUUGAACUCAGUAUUUAUUAAGUGCCUACUAUACAUUGGACACUGUGCUAAAUGUCAGGGGACACAAAAAGACAAUCCCCGUCUUCAAGGAGCUUAUAAUCUAAUGGGGUCUCAUUUGGUCCAUGAUGAAACGUUGAAGUACCUCUGUGGAGUAUGAAAGUGUGAGGCAUUAGGUAGCACUACCCCUAUUUCACAGAAAUUCAAUUGAAUGGAACAAUUGCUAAUUUAAGUGCUCCCAACCUUUAAAAAGAUAGGUUAAUGUACUUUGUAUUAGGUGAAAGGGAUACAGGACCCUGCUUUCAGUUUUCCAAUCUUAUUAGGGGAGAGCCACAACUACCCAUAAGAUGUUGGACAAGAUAUUUAAUCUCCUUGGGCACAGGAUGAUAGAUCAUAGGUCUAGAGAUAGAAGGGACCUCAGAUACUCUCUAGGUAGCCCAACAUCUUCAUUUUAUAGAUGAUGAAACUGAGGUCAAAGGAAGUUACUCAUUUUGCCCAAAGUCACACAGGUAGUGUCACUGGUGGAAUUUGUUCUCCAAACCAGAGUUCUUUUCACCGUCCCUCACUUUUUCUACAAAGGCU